GGCAGUGACCCAGAAUAGGCGGAGGGAGGGCGUGGUCAUCAGUUCUUGGGAGUGGCCAAUGGAGUUUGGUAGAGGUGCAGACAGCAGUCGGAGCCCGAAAGCUGGCGCAGGCAAGAAGAACCUCUAGCACAGAUCUAGCUGACUGCGAGGUUGCAGAUUUGGUGGACCAGCACAAUGAGAGCUCGGAGGGGAUUCAUCUUACUCCUGCUUCUGGCUGUCCUCUGUUCCACAGGUGUUAGCCUCAGAUGCUACAACUGUUUAGACCCGGUUUCUUCAUGCAAAACAAACAGCACUUGCUCUCCUAACCUGGAUGCUUGUCUUGUUGCUGUAUCCGGUCCUGCAGUUUUGGAUCUGAAGGACCAGCGCCUUCAUGCACUCCAGCAUUCCAUCAAUGGAUUGGAUGUUGGGGUGGGUCAGUUCAAAGCCCUGGACCUGUGCCUAUCUGAGCUGGAAAGCAAGUCUAUCAACAGUGUUGGAGAUUUUCGGAUUGUAAUGCCAAGUUCAUUUUGAGCCGACUAGAAAUCGCAAACGUACAAUACAGAUGCUGCCAGGCGGACUUGUGUAACAAAAGCUUCGAAGACAAGCCAAACAAUGGGGCAAUCUCCCUAUUGGGGAAGACAGCGUUGCUGGUGACCUCGGUUCUGGCGGCCAUUUUGAAGCCUUGUUUCUAAAUCAUCUCUAAGCUCCCGAUGCCUCCUUUCUUUUUUCCUUCUUUUUCUUCUUCUUCAGCACUCUAAAGCCUUUAUUAUUUUCCAACUUAUAUUCGUUUAGGAAACAAUAUAGUUCACUUGAAAUCUUGGAUAAGAGGGAGGGUUGUAAGCAGCACGGAAGAGCACCGAAGAGCACCGUGCACAUAGGGAAGGCCCACCUGCAGGUACAGAGUGAAGUGCGUGGGUAAAACACUAACAGGUUAUGUAAUCUUCCUUUGUCACUUCGGAGGGCUGGCUUUCAGUUUCAGCUUAAGUGGGUUUCCGGCAACCCUCAGGGAUAUCUCUUUGGUUCCCGGAAUGUAGCUGAGGAGUGAGGUCAGAAAGUACCUUUAAGUGAGUGGACCAGGAGGAUUCUCUUCAUUACUCUGACACACUCAAAACGCUUUCAUAACUUUUACAGGUCCUGAGCUGGUGUGCAAAUGUUCCAUAUGUGAGCUGUCAGUCAGGGGCGCUGAUUGUUCAUUUGCUUUAAAACAACAAAAACAAAAACAACAACAAAACAGUUCUGGGAAUGAAACCCAGUGCAUUGAGCAUGUAGGCAAGUGCUUUACCCAUAAGCCCCAGCUCCAGCUCCAGCAGCGAAUGAAGCAGCUGCAUUUUCAGCUAGAAAACAUAGGGAUUUGACCUACAUUUCAACAAGACCUCUGAACCAGAUGUGAUGAUGCUUGCUUAGUAUGUUUAGCAUCUCAGUGCUCUGGAGGCAGAGACAGGAGGAGGGCCAUAAGUUGAAGGCCAGCCUGACCUUCACAGUGGUCUCCAAGUCACCUAAAACUAUAUAGUAAGACCUUGCCUCAAAUGAAAAACAAAAUGGCGAGUGGUGGUGCAUGCCUUUAAUACCAGCACUUGGGAGUAGAAGCAGGUGCAUCUCCGUGAGGUCAAAGCCAGCCAGUUCCCGGACAGCCAAGGCUAUACAGAGAAAGCCUGUCUAUACAUACAUACAUACAUACAUACAUACAUACAUACAUACAUACAUAGAAAAGAAAAACCUCAAAACAACAAUAACAACAAAACAAAAAAGAAAGGAAACACACAAAACGUCUGUUCUUGUAGAAGUGUGGACGGGCGGCUCCAACCUGAAUUAUCCCACAUCUCUGAAUAUUGCCUGGGCUUUGCUAGCUUUUACUAGAAAACUGUAAUGGCCAACAUUUUUUCGAUCUUGAAAAAGCAGUUUAUCUUGACUGUCUUCCACAUAAUGGAAUAAUAAACACUAUGCUAUAGGA